AGUUCGGUUCAGUGCCUCGUCUCGAGAGAUUCGGACUCGCCGGUGCUGUGUGCGCGAUGCGUUGUUCGCGUCGUCGGACUGAUACUGACGCAACGGGAAAUCAGUGCUCCGUUGCAAGGACUAGCGCGUGACCAUCAGGUGCGACAGUAUACACGAGCUGUGCUGUAUCCCGCGUUGAUGACAACCCCGGAGGAUCAUAGUGUGGCAAAAGGAGUAGCACAGCAGGACAGCAGAGAUGCCGGUGGCUUUGAAAUUCCUGCGGAUUACGUAACCAACUCGGACCGGCGAUACUAUGCCGGAUGGGCAUAAGGAAGUCCUUCAUCGCUGAGCCGCGAGACGCCGACGUUUAACAGCGAGAGAAGACUAUAGAUACAGGAAAAAGAGAGGAAGAUGACGGUCUCGUAUACGGCAGAAGUCGCCACUUGCCGAGGCUUCGGCUGCUUCUUGAAGCUCUUGAUAAGAUGGAAGGCGAGUGUCUACAAGCUGAUAUGGACGGACAUGCUGCUCUUCCUGACGAUCUACUACGCGUUGUCGGGACUCUACCGGUUGGCUCUGGACGAGGAUCAGAAGAGGGUCUUCGAAAAGGUCGUGGAGUUUUGCCGGAAACACACGUCCUCCAGUCCGUUAUCCUUUGUUUUAGGUUUUUACGUAACGAUAGUAAUGAAUAGAUGGUGGAACCAGUACAUAACGAUACCGUGGCCUGACUCCAUAGCCGUUUUCGUAUCGGCGACGAUUCACGGAAACGACGAGCGGGGUAGGCUCAUGAGACGAACGAUUGUUAGGUACGUCUGCGUGUGCCUUACGCUGGUGCUGGCAAGCGUGUCGCCGCGCGUGAAGAAGCGUUUUCCGACCAUGGAGCACUACGUACCGGCUGGUCUUCUACUGGAAAACGAGCUCUUGAUAUUUCAGAGCCUGAAUAGCAAAUUUCCGAAGCCAAGCAAGCACUGGCUACCGAUAGUCUGGGCCUCGAGUAUCGUCACUCGAGCGCGCAAAGAGGGAAGGAUACGUGACGACUUUGCCGUCAAGACCCUCAUCGACGAGCUCAACAAGUUCCGAGGUUCUUGUGGUGGUCUCGUGCACUACGACACCAUCAGUAUACCUCUGGUCUACACUCAGGUCGUCACGAUAGCCGUUUACACGUAUUUCUUGACUAAUGUCAUAGGCCAGCAGUGGAUACUCGAAGAGCCCAAGACCGUCGAUAUUUACUUUCCCGUAUUUACUACCCUCGAGAUGUUUUUCUACAUGGGAUGGCUCAAGGUCGCCGAGACGCUUAUUAAUCCCUUUGGCGAGGAUGACGACGAUUUCGAAGUCAAUUGGAUCGUCGAUCGCAAUCUCCAGGUAAGCUACCUCAUAGUCGACGAAAUGCAUCACGAGCAUCCUGAGUUGAUUCGCGAUCAGUACUGGGACGAAGUCUUCCCGACUGAGCUGCCGUAUACUGCUGCGUCCGAGCCCUUCAGAGAGGAGCAUCCUGAGCCAUCUACAGCUGGUAUCCAGCUUUCGGCCGCGCAGCAGGAACUGCAACCCUCGUCAGUGCGGAUCGACGAAAUGGAAAAGGAGUACCAACAGAAGUAUAAUGACAUGAACGACGAUGCUAUAUCGGGAAUUCACUUUGUCGCAAGUGGUGGCAAAUUGUCUCGGAGUGGCAGUCGAGUGAGCAAUCGAGACCGGGCGAUAAGUACCGGCUCAACCCCGAGUAACAUAGGAGGCUCUCUCACGAGAAUCAACAGCGUUACCAAUGUACUUAAGCGGAUAUUUAGCAAGGAAGAUAGACCGGACGGUAAUAAUAGCGGUGCUAAGACACCAGGUAGACUUCCAAAUUCUACUUCAUCUGCAUCCUUAAGAGCUCAGCCUGGACCAGGUGGUUCAAUGAGGAUAGGCGUAAUCGAAGAAGUAGACGAGCAAAUGACGAUGACGUCAAUGCGUCCGGAGAACCGUCCACACGUGCAAAGCAUCUUUCCCCAGGGGCCCCCACCAGCUAGUGCACCCGUCGACGUGCCUGGCUCGUCAAUGGCACACAAUGGUGAUAUAUUUUCUACUAGCGCUCCAGUUCCUGCACUCAGUGGAUCGGCCGAUAGCGCUGAUACUACAGCAGGUGCCAAUGCGGCGCGGUAUCGUGGCACAAGAACGCAGAUGUCAGUUCCAGUAGGGCACGGAGGUUUUGAUUCCGCCGGUUUCAGUAGGGAUCCUAAUAGCAGCACACGCAGUUCAUCGAACUGCAGUUUAGACGACGAAUUCAGUAAGCUCAAAAUCGAACGCGAAAAGCAGCGCGUGGAAAAGGCUUUGCAAAAGCUCAGCAGAAGCGUAAGUAAUCGAGCUACUGGUGAGCCCAGUUCACUCGAAGCAAACGAUACUGAGAUACUCUUAAGCGAAUUAGCAAGCUCUUCUAGACGUUACUUACACCCAUCAGAUUGCGACGACAAAGAUCAGCGUCGGGGAGAUGCCCUCUAGACUUAGCUGAAAUCAACAAUUAUUAUAAAUAAUAGAAUAAUUUUUAAGUUCACUACUGUUCCGACGGCCUUGGUCAAAAUUGUUGAUGCUGUAAUUGGUAUUAACACAAAUUCUACAUUUUUGGCUUAACAUAAUUUUUCGCAUUUGACGAACGUAUUUGCAUUCUUUAAAAGUAUAUUUAUUACCAAGGCGACAGCCAAGAGCUACAGUUAGAAGAACACUUAGUAAACAACGCUGAAACUUGAAAACGAUAACAUGCUUUUUGUAGAACUGCGAAAACACUUAGAUUUUGUAACUGCUACAGGUAUUUACUAAAAUUCUGAAUAAGAUAAAAUUACGAUGAAGUGUUUCGUAUUAAUAAAAAUAAUUCAAAUGCGUCCUUCAAUUAAAUGAGUAAUUAAGAAAAAAAAUUUUUUAUUAAUUUUUUAUACAUAGAUAUUUAUUAAGGAAGGUAAAUGAAUUUCUUAGGUUAAAUGUCUACGAAAAAUUUAGUUUCAAAGGCUUAGAAUACGCCAACCAUACGUAAAGGUACUCUCGUGUUUUUUUCUCUACGUCGAUUGAGUUCAGAAACUCGGUAAUAAGAGUGAUAGGAGUGUUAUUAACAUCACAUUUGUUAUUAUUUUGCUGAUUAUGAAGCUAUAUAAUUGGGCUGAAUUACUGUGAAGACGAUGACCUUUUAUAUUGCAUAUGUGUGAGACAAUACCGAAAUAUCUUUUGCGCUUUGUCUUUUAUUUUUACCAAAAUGUACUUAAUGCAAAUGAUGAAAUGUAAAAAGGUAUAUUUUCUAUUUUUAAAAUGAAAAAUAUUUUGUACUGGCCUGUUUUUAUCUGGCAAAAAGGUGGCAAAGAGUGGAAGCAUGUAAAUAUCGAUCGACCUUAAAAACCGAUUCUAACUGCGUUACAUUCCCUAAUUGUCUACUGCUUUCAUAAAGCCCUUUUUAAUAUGUGUAAUACAAGACAUAUUAAUAAAGUAUUACUUUUUAUAUAUGCAUGACUGAUAACGAGGAAGAAUUUCUAUGUAAAAACAUUUGAUGUUAAAUUUAUGAUGCAAAAAAUUAAAAAUUACGUUUAUUAAGACCAGAAGUAUAGUCUUCCAUUUUCAAAAAUCAAAAUGAUAUAAAUUCAAAAACAAAAUUAAACAAUAAAAAUACGUUUUAUAUCUGGUUCAAUAUUUGCAUCCAAACAACGUUUUCUGCUUCUUAUACAGUUUUUCGGAUUAGAAAAUAAAUGCCGGUAUUGUUCAAUCUUAUUGUUGAUAGAUUAAAUAUUUUAAACCUUAAUUAAGUGGAUUGAUUUAAAAAUUAUUAAAUUUGAACUAUUUUUGAAUUAAUAUUUUUAUCGAGAAGAGCAGAGAAUUUUAAUAAAAUAUUAUUCAUCGUCAAACAGAUGAAUCUUUUAUGCAACAAAAUAAAAAAAAUGUUGCAUUAGUCCGUUAUUCACGAGUUACAAAUUCUCUAAUUUGUUUCAUAAUCCAAUUUUCUAUUAGACAUAUAUUGUUGUAUUUAUACAUAUAGAAUUAUUUGUAGAUAUCUUUCACGCGGACAAUAAGGAUCGUGUGUAUUUAUAAAGCGACCACACAUCGAUCACGUAUACUGUAAAAGCAUUCAUCUUUCGAGUACUUGAUCCUUAGUUGCUUUGCCAAUCAAAUCUCGUAUUGGUUAUUUCUCUAAACGCAAAAUUUUUAAAAGUGCCAUGCUAAGAGUUGCGUAGAUACAAUGAAGGCGACUGAUUAAGGAUCGAGGCUCAUUUCUCAUAUUGAUACAACGUCAAUAGCUUGAUUUAGUAAUAAGUAGUGAAUUUCUAGGUGCUUACAAUGAAUGCCUUACUUAGUUUAAGUUAAAACUUUCAGAGAUUCAAUAUAUAUUCCGAUUUUUAUUGAAUUGUAAUCGAUUAGCAACAUGCAUAUUCAGAACUUCCACGAUUACAAAAUAAAAUCGACAUUGCAACGCAAUAACCGAAAGUAAAAAAUCAAUCGUUUAAUAUAAAAGUAUUAAAAAAUGUUUCUAAACGUCAUUUUUUAUAAUGCGUGCUUGAUCGAUUUGCGUUUACAGCAUAAUAAUAAUAAUAAUGAUAAUGUAUGAUCACCGAGACAUGCGGCAGUGCUUCAGUUCGAUACAAUUUUCUAAUUGCUUUUAUUCUACAUGCUCGUUCGAUAGACUGUGUAAAAGCAUCGAAAAUAAAUUCUUCUGAAUACAAAUUAAUGUGUUAUUCAAGUGUUGCAAGCGCAAGGUUUAUUUUAAAAAAUUUUCAACACCCAUUAAGAUGAGUGCAUUAUACGCAAGUGCACUCGAAAGUGCCUAAAAAUAGUUGAACAACGAAAAUAAAAUUGUUUAUGAAGAUAUUUUUCCGAAAGAGUUUGUAGAAUAAAGGUCUUCGACUUUCUCAACUCACGAAGGCACACGCACACAUUCCUACACACUUAUGUGAUUUAAGUCUUAAGAAGAAAACUACACCGAAGCUUUAUAUAUCAUGAGUUUGAACACUUGCAAAAGUUGUUGGUUUUUUCGAAUUGCUGUUUAAACAGCAAUCGUUUAAGAAAGUAUUGCAUUACACAAAAGCGCCUAAUGUACAAUGAACGAGAGGAAUAAUGUUAAUGCGAGCUCUCUCUUUCAAUUAUGCAGUAUUAUCAUUAAACUGAUAUUAUCAAUAAAUAUUUACCGUUUUUAUCUGUUA